CAAACAAAAACGCCACAAAGUCUAACAAAACAAAACCAAUCAAAGGAAAAAACUGCAAGUGAAGUGAAAGAAAAUGGCAUCCACUUCAUGUUUCUUGCACCACCAUGCUCUUACCAAUCGAUUAUCAUCAUCUUCAUUAUCCCAACGGCAAGUUUCUAAGCCCACCCAACUGAUCUGCAGAGCCACACAGAAGCAGCAGGCAGCUCAGGAUGAGGAUAUUAGCCUGAGCCUCGUGUCCCGAAGACUGGCUCUAACAGUCCUCAUCGGGGCUGCAGCCGUCGGCUCUAAGGUUGCUCCGGCCGAUGCUGCCUAUGGUGAAUCUGCUAAUGUUUUCGGGAAGCCGAAAACAAACACAGACUUCUUGCCAUACAGUGGAGAGGGAUUCAAAGUGCUAAUUCCAUCAAAGUGGAACCCAAGCAAGGAGGUUGAGUAUCCCGGUCAAGUUCUCAGAUAUGAGGACAAUUUUGAUUCCAACAGCAAUCUUUCUGUUAUGAUCAUUCCCACCGAUAAGAAAUCUAUCACUGACUAUGGUUCUCCAGAGGAAUUCCUUGCUCAGGUGAAUUUUCUGCUAGGAAAACAGGCUUAUUUCGGCAAAACCGAUUCUGAGGGAGGCUUUGACCCAAAUGCUGUGGCAACAGCCAACAUAUUGGAGACAGCAACCCCACAGAUCAAUGGAAAACAAUAUUACUCUAUAACAGUGUUGACAAGGACAGCAGACGGAGAUGAAGGUGGAAAGCACCUACUGAUCACAGCUGCUGUGAAAGAUGGGAAGCUUUACAUUUGCAAAGCACAAGCUGGAGAUAAAAGGUGGUUCAAAGGUGCAAGAAAGUUUGUAGAAAGCGCUGCCAGUUCCUUUAGUGUUGCUUGAAGAGGAAUUUUAUGUAAAUCAAGUUAAUCUAUUGUGUUUAUUUUGGGCUAUUACUUCUUUUUUGCAAAGUGUCAGAGCUAGAGAGUACUUAAUUCCAUGGAGGAUGUUGAUUUGUGGAUAUUAUCAUUUUUAUUUCCUUGAAUUUAAGUACCCUAUCUUACUUGUAAUCACUUCAAAUUUCCUCUCGUCA